AGUCAACAUCAUAGGGAUCAUAGGCAACUAACAAAACAUGUUAGUAAAAUAGUGAGGUUAUAAACGAUUUAAAUAAAUUUGAAUUUAAAUGUAAAAAGGCAUUAAAAUUAAACAAUACAAACGAUAAUUAAACAAAUGGAUAGUUUUACCCUUACAAAACAAGGCGCUGAAGCGCGCUUAUACCAAGGUACAUAUCUAGGAAGACCUACAAUAAUUAAAGAAAGAUUUAUUAAAAAGUAUAGGCACAAACACUUGGAUGAUUCCUUAACUAAAGAACGAAUAAAAGCCGAAACUAAAGCUAUUGUUCGAUGUAAAAGCGUUGGGAUACGCACACCUGCAAUAUAUUUAGUAGAUUUUGAACGCAGAAUGGUUUUUAUGGAACAUUUGUUACACAGUAUUACCUUGAAAGAUUUCAUUGAGACUACUUCCUUCGAGAAGCUUUCUAAGCUGGCAAUUUCUAUUGGAACUAUCCUGGGACGAAUGCACGAAGGCAAUAUAAUACAUGGGGAUUUAACAUCAUCAAAUAUUUUACUUAUGAACGUGCAUAAUAAGGAUAAAUUUGAUGAUUUAAAAGACUUAAAAAUAGUAUUAAUUGACUUUGGAUUGUCGCAUGUGGAUUGUAGUGCAGAAGAUAAAGGAGUUGAUUUGUAUGUUUUAGAAAGAGCUUUAGUUAGUACUCAUGCUGUAGCAGAUCAAAUAUUUCCAAAAAUUAUUGAGGGCUACAGAGGUUAUUAUAAAAAAGGUUUCAAAGAGAUACUAGCCAAGUAUGAAGCUAUAAGAGCAAGAGGCAGAAAAAGAACCAUGGUGGGUUAAUUGUAAUUUUUAAUAUAUUUUACAAAAUAAAGUGUUUCUAUGUUU